AUUAAGCAACCACCCAUUUGUGCAAAGUACUUCCAGUUCUUAUCCCUACUCCGAUGAAGUCUCCGUCGUGACAUCCCCUUGUCCGUCACUGCUAGUCCAUUGCUGCCCUUCUCUCCAUCUCUCGUUCAUACAUGGAGACUCCACCCACCAACGGCGAUCUGAUAACUGGCAGGCCGGUCGGCGGCACGGAGCUGAGCUGGUGCCGUGCCGUGCCCGGCGGCACUGGCAUCACCGUACUUGCCCUGCUUCUCUCCCGCUCUAUCUCUCUCCCCCACUUGCGAUCUUCCCUCCGCCGCCUACAGCUUUCCCACCCCAUGCUCCGUGGCUUUCUCCCCUCCGCCAGUGCCGCCAGUGCCAGCAAACCUCCGCCCCUCCUCAUCUCCCCCACUCCUUAUGACGAAAUCGAGCUCAUUCCGUACGAUCUUCUCCCACCGCUUACCGUUGACGGACUUACGCCGCCGGUCUCCUUCUUCCAUGCGGUCAUUGAGCACGAGAUGAACCGAAACCCCUGGGCCGAACCGACCGAGGGCAAGCCGGUCGGGUCCUUCUUCGCUUCGGUUUACGAGCUGAACCAGCCUGGCCGGUCGGUGGUCACGCUACGUUUCCAUACCGGAGUCUGCGACAGGAUCGCCGGGGUCGGGAUCCUGAAGGAGCUCAUGGGUCUUAUAGGCAGGGGAGGGGCGCAUCGGGAAGAAAUGGAGGACGCUGCGGAGGAGAAAGAAGGGGAGGUCGGUUUGGCUAUAGAGGAUUUGAUUAGGAAGGAAGACGCUUGGAAGCCAUUCUGGGCUCGUGGGAAGGACUUGAUCGGUUACUCGCUCAACGGUCUAAGGUCGACCUGCCUACAGUUCGAGGACGCCGGCUCCGCCCGCAAGUCGGAAUUCGUGAGGCUCGUCAUGGAUGCCGUGACGACUCGGAGGUUGCUUACCGCCUGUGAUGUGAAGGGGAUCAAGCUCUGUUCAGCUCUAACAUCUGCUGGAUUUCUUGCCACCCAUGCUUCCAAAAAUCUACAGAAAAAUCAGUCCGAAACCUAUUCAGUCAUCACUCUCAUUGAUUGCAGGCAAUACUUGAACCCCCCUCUGAACGAAAAACAUGUUGGAUUCUACCAUUCUGGCAUCUUAAACACACACACUGUUAAUGGAGGAGAAGGAUUCUGGGACGUCGCUAUGAGAUGCCACAAGGCUUAUUCAAAUGCCAUGAAGAACAAGAAACACCUUUCAGACAUUGGCGAACUGAACUUUCUGAUGUGUAAGGCAAUUGAGAACCCCCACCUCACACCUGCAUCAUCUCUACGAACUGCACUCAUCUCAGUCUUCGAAGAACCAGUGGACUAUGCUCCGAUGGAGCAGUUGAAGGGUCUUGGGGUGGAGGAUUUUUUGGGAUGUGCAUCCGUGCAUGGUGUUGGUGCAUCAAUUGCUUUAUUUGAUACAAUCAGGAAUGGACAGCUUGACUCUGUCUGUGUGUAUCCUUCUCCCCUUCAUUCGAGAAAGCAGAUGGAGGAGUUAGUGGAUCACAUGAAGAGGAUUCUAAUGGAGAAUUGCUGUGUUGUAGAUGAGGGAGGACAUUGAAUGACUCUGCCUAUAUUAUUUACCAUGAUAUACAGUUUCCCAACCUUAGUGCAGGUGGAUCUCGUUCAAGGAUAAAGCAAAUUAUAUCGUAGAAUUGUUGUGUCAGAACUUGUAGAUAGAUGGCCCAGGCUAUUUAACUUAGAAAGAAUGGGUCAGAGUCAGAAGAUGUUCAUUGUUACUAGUUGACCUUUUCUCGCUCCACUGCUACAGAUAAGGAUUUCUAUUAUAACAGAAUGCAAGAAUGCAUUUAUAAGAAGUUUCAAAGAGUAAAUCAA